CUCGCUCAAUCACUCACUGCUCCUACUGCAGUGGCAGCCUCCCCCCUCCGCUCUGUCCUCUCUCUCACACACACAAUGCGGCUCAGCAGCACACACAGCCUGGGCUCUUACUCUCCUCAUUCAUCACCGGUAUGGUCGCUCUGUUCUGCUCUUUACCACAGUCGCUGAUAUAGACUCACCGAGCUACCGCCCAGCCGCUUUCUCACCUUCUCUCUCUCUCCUUCUCACCCUUUCUCCCCCUCUCCGCACUCUCUCUCUCUCUCUCUCUCUCUCUCUCUCUCUCUCUCAGAAGGACUAAUGGAGUGGACCACCAUGUAGACAGUCUGCAGCCAGAGACAGAAGAGAAGCUAGAAGCUGCAGAAUGGGAACAUAACCUCUGGAGCGGCUCCUUGAUUGCUGCCAUGAAAAUAAGCGCACUGAGAACAGAAGGGAUGUUAUUAUCUUGUGGACGGUCCUCUGCUCCUCUCGCUGGUCUAACUUGCUUCUCUUAGUGUUCUCCUGGAUGGUUGUGUGGUUAUACGGUAUUUUCUCCACGUCGCUCACUUAGGGAACUGUCUGCAUCUCAAACCAAGGAUUUAGAUGUUUCGCCCUCUGUCCUGCUGCAGCAUCACGGCUCUUUCUCUCUGACCUAGAGAUCUAUCGUCUGGGUUUCUCCGGUAUCACCGGGCACAUUCCAGUGUCAUUCAUCCCUCUCUCUCCCUCUCUCUCUCUCGCUUUCUCUUUCCCUUUCUUCAUUUUAAGAAUCUCUCUUUUUCUCUCAACCUACACGACUCAUUGAGUUUUGUUUCUGCGUCAAGAUACUGAGCAGCUAGUCAAGUCACCAUGGGGGACCUGACGAACAGUGAUUAUUACGCUAAGAACCAAGGAAACGAUGUCAGCAGUAACCACGAGGGGGGCUUUGGGGUCUCGGUCAUGGAGCUGCGCGACCUCAUGGAGCUGAGAGGCAGCGAGGCGGUGGUUAAGAUCCAGGAGGAGUACGGGGACAUGGACGGGCUCUGUCAACGGCUCAGAACAUCACCCACAGAAGGCUUAACAGGAGACGACCUAGAUAAGAGGAAAGAAGUGUAUGGGGAAAACCUAAUACCUCCGAAGAAGCCAAAGACCUUCCUCCAGUUAGUAUGGGAAGCCCUGCAGGACGUGACUCUGAUCAUCUUGGAGGUGGCUGCCCUGAUCUCUCUGGGACUGUCCUUCUAUCAGCCUCCGGGAGGGGACAGCGGAGAGUCCUGUGGGACAGCGGCGGCGGGUGCGGAGGAUGAGGGUGAGGCCGAGGCCGGCUGGAUAGAGGGAGCAGCCAUCUUGUUGUCUGUCGUGUGUGUGGUUCUGGUGACGGCCUUCAACGACUGGAGCAAGGAGAAGCAGUUCAGAGGGCUGCAGAGCCGCAUCGAGCAGGAGCAGAAGUUCCAGGUGGUCAGAGGUGCUCAGGUCAUCCAGCUCCCGGUUGCUGACAUCGUGGUCGGGGACAUCGCACAAAUCAAGUAUGGUGACCUGCUUCCUGCCGAUGGAGUGUUGAUACAGGGGAACGAUCUGAAGAUAGACGAGAGUUCACUAACAGGAGAGUCUGAUCACGUCAAGAAAGACGCCGAUAAGGACCCCAUGCUGCUGUCUGGUACCCAUGUGAUGGAGGGUUCCGGCAGGAUGCUGGUAACAGCUGUAGGAGUCAACUCUCAGACCGGCAUCAUCUUUACUUUGCUGGGGGCCGGAGAGCCAGUGGAGGAGGAGAAGAAGAAGGAGAAAGGUAAAAUACAGGAUGGCAAUAUGGAGAACAACCAGACCAAAGUCAAGAAGCAGGACGGAGCGGCCGCCAUGGAGAUGCAGCCUCUGAAGAGCGCCGAGGGAGGAGAGAUGGAGGAGAAGGAGAAGAAGAAGGCAAACGUCUCCAAGAAGGAGAAGUCUGUCCUCCAGGGGAAACUGACCAAGCUGGCUGUUCAGAUCGGCAAAGCAGGUCUGGUGAUGUCAGCCAUCACAGUGAUCAUCCUGGUGCUGUACUUUGCUGUGGACAACUUUGUCCUGCAGAAGAGGCCGUGGCUGACGGAGUGCACCCCCAUCUACGUCCAGUACUUUGUUAAGUUCUUCAUCAUCGGUGUCACCGUGCUGGUGGUGGCUGUACCCGAGGGGCUGCCCCUGGCCGUCACCAUCUCCCUGGCCUACUCUGUCAAGAAAAUGAUGAAAGAUAAUAACCUGGUUCGCCACCUUGAUGCGUGUGAGACGAUGGGGAACGCCACGGCCAUCUGCUCCGACAAGACUGGCACUCUGACCACCAACCGCAUGACGGCCGUAGCGUGCUACGUCGGAGACGUCCACUAUAAGGAGAUACCAGACCCCGGAGCGCUGACUGCCAAGUCUCUGGACAUACUGGUCAAUGCCAUCUCCCUCAACAGCGCCUACACCACCAAGAUACUGCCUGCCACCAAGGAGGGUGGUCUGCCCAUGCAGGUGGGUAACAAGACAGAGUGUGGCCUGCUUGGCCUGGUGCUGGACCUGAAGAGAGACUACCAACCCAUCCGCAACCAGAUCCCAGAGGAGAAACUCUACAAGGUAUACACUUUCAACUCGGCCAGGAAGUCCAUGUCCACUGUCAUCAAACUAUCAGACGGCAGCUUCAGGAUGUACAGCAAGGGAGCCUCUGAGAUCGUCCUGAAGAAGUGCACUAAGAUCCUGAACCAGGAAGGCGAGCCGCGGGUGUUCCGUCCCCGGGAUAAGGACGAGAUGGUGAAGAAGGUGAUCGAGCCGAUGGCGUGUGACGGGCUGCGGACCAUCUGCGUGGCGUACCGUGACUUCCCUGCCGACCCAGAACCCCUCUGGGACAACGAGAACGACAUCCUCAAUGAGCUGACGGCCGUCUGUGUGGUCGGGAUAGAGGACCCUGUCAGACCAGAGGUACCAGAUGCCAUUAUAAGGUGCCAGCGUGCGGGCAUCACGGUGCGCAUGGUGACAGGUGACAACAUCAACACGGCCAGGGCCAUCGCCAUCAAGUGUGGCAUCAUCCACCCUGGAGAAGACUUCCUGUGUAUCGACGGAAAGGAGUUCAACAGGAGGAUCCGCAACGAGAAAGGAGAGGUUGAGCAGGAGCGCAUGGACAAGGUGUGGCCUAAACUGCGAGUCCUGGCUAGAUCCUCCCCUACUGAUAAACACACACUGGUUAAAGGCAUCAUAGACAGCUGCCUGACAGACCAGAGACAAGUGGUGGCGGUGACAGGAGACGGGACUAACGAUGGACCAGCCCUGAAGAAGGCUGACGUGGGCUUUGCCAUGGGUAUAGCCGGUACAGACGUGGCCAAGGAGGCGUCUGACAUCAUAUUAACGGACGAUAACUUCAGUAGCAUAGUGAAGGCUGUGAUGUGGGGGAGGAACGUCUACGACAGCAUCUCCAAGUUCCUCCAGUUCCAGCUGACUGUCAACGUGGUGGCUGUCAUAGUGGCCUUCACUGGGGCCUGCAUCACACAGGAUUCUCCCCUGAAGGCGGUCCAGAUGCUGUGGGUGAACUUGAUAAUGGACACCUUUGCGUCCCUGGCCCUGGCAACGGAGCCCCCCACCGAGGCCCUGCUGAUGAGGAAGCCGUACGGCCGCAACAAACCGCUGAUCUCCAGCACCAUGACCAAGAACAUCCUGGGACACGGCAUCUAUCAGCUGGUCAUCAUCUUCUCCCUGCUGUUCGUCGGUGAGCAGAUCUUUGACAUAGACAGUGGUCGUCACGCUCCUCUCCACUCCCCUCCGUCAGAACACUACACCAUCAUUUUCAAUACCUUCGUCCUCAUGCAGCUUUUCAAUGAGAUCAACGCCAGGAAGAUCCACGGAGAGAGGAACGUCUUCGACGGAAUCUUCAGGAACCCUAUCUUCUGUUCCAUCGUCUUCGGAACCUUCGCCAUCCAGAUUGUGAUCGUACAGUUUGGAGGGAAGCCGUUCAGUUGUACUCCUCUGGAUAUGGAGAAGUGGGGCUGGUGUACCUUCCUUGGACUGGGAGAGUUAGUCUGGGGACAGGUGAUCGCCACCAUCCCUAACAGCAAGCUACGGUUUCUGCGAGGGGCAGGCCAACUGACCAAGAAGAACGAGAUGCCUGGGGACGAGGACAUGAACGAGGACAAUGAGGAGAUUGACCACGCGGAGAGGGAGCUGAGACGCGGACAGGUCCUCUGGUUCAGGGGGCUCAACCGCAUUCAGACUCAGAUCGAUGUGGUGAACACGUUCAAGAGCGGCAGCUCCUAUCAGGGCCAGCUACGGAGACAGUCCUCCACCACCAGUCAGAACCAGGAUGUAACCAAUGUUUCUAGUCCCAGUCACAUUCGGGUCGUGAACGCAUUCCGUAGCUCUCUCUACGAAGGCCUUGAGAAACCAGACUCCAGACCGUCCAUCCACAACUUCAUGACCCACCCAGAGUUUAGGAUAGAGGACUCCACCCCCCACAUCCCCCUGAUUGAUGACACUGACUUAGAGGAGGACCCAUCGCUGAGGAACACCCACCAGCCCCAGACAGGCAGCCAGCCCCAGUCCCCCAACAAGAACAACAACGCCGUCGACAGCGGCAUCAACCUCACCAUCGACACCACCAGUAAAUCAGCUGCAUCCUCCGGCCCAGCCAGCCCACUGCACAGUCUGGAGACCUCCCUCUAGUGGCCUGCAGCUGGCUGGUGGAGACCUCUGCAGCUUUGGAGAUGUCCCUCUGGCAGAGCAGUGUCCCUCUGACAGCUCCCCACUGCAAUCUGGAAUCCUUUGUCUUUAGGCCUGGUAGAGAACUUACCUACUGCAGCCUGUUGGCUCCCACACUGCAGUUUGGAGACUUCUGUCUUGCAGUCUCAUGGAGACCUCAUUGGUCUGCAGUUUGGAUACCUUCCUCUAUCUCCGGAUGUCUCCUGUUGUCUCCUGGUGUCUCCUGCUGUCUCCUGAUGUCUCCUGUCUCCUGAUGUCUCCUGUCUCCUGAUGUCUCCUGUCUCCUGCUGUCUCAUGUCUCC